AUGGUCGCCACCAGAGCCAUCCUUUCCAAGCUUGCUAUCCUGGCCGUUCUUCCGGCGCUGGUGCAUUCCGAAAAGAAUCCCGACGUGCCCGACACAGGUUAUGUUUACUGGAAGGAAAGCUCCGAUUGCACAGGCGAAGUCGUAAACGUACUGGGCUUGUUCACGGACAUUUGUGAUACAGUCCCCGAAGACGCGAAAUCAGCCCAAGCAAAUCUGGUAGACGGCUGCAAGUUCUAUCUCUUCAAGAGCGAAGACGAUUGUUCCGCAGGCUACCAAAAGUUGUGGAAAAGCAAGCAGUUGGAGGAAGGACAUGAGGGGGUGGUAGGGAUAUGGGGUCCAGGUUCCAUGUGCGCCAACGUGGAGGAUAAGGACUACACGUGGGCUGUGUACUGUCCUCCUGCCGUGGCAGAGGUCGAGCCCAGAGAGCAACCAGAAUGUGUAGAAGGAGCCAUUCACUCGCGACAUACCCCAUGGGACGCUCAUUCUCCGAGAAACGCCAUCCUCCAGUGCCCCAACCUGGAUUGGGUCGCAUGGCAGAAUUCGUGCUACUACCUCAUGACCCAAUUCGACGCUCUAAGCACUGCAUUCAAGGCAAAGGUGCUCCAGCUGUACGCCUACGUCCCCGUGUCGAAGGAAGCCCUGGUUGCCAGGAUGGUUGACACUGUCAUGUAUAGUCAAACGACUAACCCAAGUUCGCGCGAGGACUACAUCAAGCUGAACUUCAUCAUGAAGACUAACUGCUUCAUUGUCGACGGUUUCUGCGGUUUGUGGCUCGACCUGGCCCGCGCUAACCACUCAUGUUGUAGCAACGGCAUUGCCCAUAGCGAACCCAAUUCUGCGGUCAAAUACAUCAGGGCGAGACGGGACAUCAAAAAGGGCGAGGAGAUCACUAUCGAGUACAUGCUGCCAACGACGAGCAACCGUGCGGCAGUCAUGCGAGAGAACUGGGGCUUCGAGUGUAAGUGUCCCGUGUGCAACACCAACGACCCCAGCAUGGACAAGGCGACACGGGACAAGUACGAAGAGAUGUUCGCUCAGGCUCGUGAGAACGACAAGGCGCUGUUCGAGGGGCAGCCGUCGACGUCGGCACAGAAGCUAAGGAGGCACAAGCUAAGACUAGAAGCCGAAGAGUUCUUGGGACCCUCGGUCGCGUUGUGUAACGAACUUGGUGACGGGAUCAGACUUGUCCUCGGCAAUCAGCAGAAGAUGCGCGAGGGUGCGGCCGCGCUUUACAAGAUGAUUUGUAUUUGUGACGGGCCGGAAGAUGUAAACGCGGCUACGUUGAAGAAGAACUUCGGCCUGUGA